UUGGAUCCUGUGGAAACGUAGCUAGCUAGUUAGAUAACUGCCCAUCUUACCUAGGUAGCUAAUUUACACAAAAGACUGGUCAGGUUAGUUAGCUAGCUGGAUAGUAGACUGGAUAAUCUGGUGAUAUUAAUGUAAGUAACGUAAUUAUGUAAUGUUAAGUAGCUAGCUAACAUGGAAGAUAGCUAGCUAACGGAGACUAUCUUAUAUGACAAGACACAUGGAUGAGGAGAGAGAUAACCAGAAAGAGAUGAAGAGGGAGGAAGGAGGGCAAGAGUAUAUGGCUAGUAUAGAAGAAGACGGAGAGCUACAGGAGUCUGAGGAUACCAUGUCAAAUAACGACAUCACCCCCUCAGUUUGUUCAGUGCCAGAGACAGACGCAGAGGAGGAGUUCCCCUCAUCAUACAAGGAAAACUCCCCGCAGGAGAACCAGCUGCUGGAAAUGGCUGAGAACUUCCGCUGUCAGUAUGUGCACCUGCACCCGGAACGCAAGCCCCUAUUGCUCUGUCCACUCAACGAGUGCGGGACCAAGAAAUUUGUGAGCACAACUCUGCGACCCACUCUUCUCCCGUACCCUGAGCUAUACAGCUGGCAAGGGUGUGCCAGCUUGGUGAGCGACUACCUUUGUCUGGAGCCAAUUGACCCUCCCAGCAACCUGCCCAAGCAGCUCUUCUCCUCCACCUGGGUGCUGCAGAACCAGAGGGGAAGCAGCUUCGACUUCUCCACCCUGCUGUGUUCCUUCCUGCUGGGCGCUGGGUAUAAUGCCUACUGCGUCAGCGGCUAUGCGGCUAAAGAGAUGUGUGUAAUCGACCAGUCCCGCCAAGACUGCCCCCUGAGGGUCACACUGGAGCAGGUGCCGCUGGAAGAGCCGCAGAAGCAGAUUAAGAAGUAUUCGGUGAAGCCGCCGAGAGACCUGCGCAGCGGCUUCCAGAAGCAGCAGGAGGCUCGGCGACGGGCGGAGGCUGAGGCCAUGGUGGCUCAAAGGAGGGAGGAGGAGGAGAGACUCAAAGAGGAGCGUGAGCGGCCCCCUCCAGACCCGCUCCUAGGCCAGCGGGUGCACUGCUGGGUUCUGAUCCUUUCGGGCAACCGAGAAGUUCCGGAAAACUUUUUCAUCGACCCGUUAACCGGGAGGAGCUUCUCCACCGAUGACCCUUCCUUCCUGGGGAUUGAGAGCGUGUGGAACCACCAGAACUACUGGGUCAACAUGCAAAGCUGCCACUACGGAUGUGCGGAGAUGACCUUUGACCUGAGCGAUUCGAUGAGGUGGGAGUUCCUGUUACCGGGGGAUGCUGCUCUUCUCAUAUCGACCAUGAAGCUAGAGCAAGAGUCUGAGGAUGUGGAAGAGGAAGAGGAGGAAGAGGAGGAGACUAAGGUCUUUGAGAUGUCUCCAACCUGGGUGAAGCCAAUUGCGAUCUCGCAGCAAGACAUGGAGACACGUUGCCCGGGGGGGAAGAGGGUGAUCCGGUUCCGAAAGGCCACGCUGGAGAAGUUUGCUCCCUACCUGCUGCACGAUGGAAUGGUCACGCGGCUGACCACCUUCACUGACCUGGAAUGCGAGCGCCCCACGGCCAUGCGCCAGUGGUUCCAGAACCGGAAGGACCGCCUGGAGGAGCGCGAGCUGGACCUGGUCGCCGGCACGACGCUGGAGCGGUUUCACCGCGGCCGGAGCCACGCCCUCAAGAGCCACAGGUACGUGACGAUGGAGCUGGAGACGGAGCGGCAGAUGGAGUUCUAUAGCCGCGCGCGUGCGGACGGGCUGGCUGAGAGGUACGACCUGCCCUCCGAGAUGACGGAGCGCUUCGAGGAGCGGGACGACUUCCUCUACUACCGUCACACGCUCUUCCACGAGCACCUGGAGAAAACGGUGGCUGCGGAAAUCCAGAAUCAGGAGCACCGUCACGUAAAGAAGAUCGUGGAGAGGUUCCACAGGGACCGGUCCAAGCCAGCUAGUGAGGACGUGGCGGAGCGCGUGUUCCUGGUGUCGGAGAACCGCAUCGAGCUGACCUACCACCGCGAGGACGACCGCAUCACCUCCGCCUGGCGCAGCUUCGUCAAGCCCCACAACCUGGGUGACACCAAGAACGAGCAGCCCUUCACCUCCGACAUGGUCUCCACCUACCAGGUGGACCCUUUUGAAAAGCCCAAAAAGCAGCUCUUCAUGUACGAGCUGCUGGUGGCUCUGACCAAAGAGGAGGAGACGGUGAUCCAGCGGGUGAUGGAAUCUGAAGCAGAGGUGUGGGAGAUCCUGGCUACACGGGGCCAGGAGGAGAACAAUAUCGAGCUGCUGAUCUCCAUCUACAACACAGCGAGGAACGAGAACGCCCGUAUCCACCGGGAGGCGCGGGAGCGCAUGGCGCACGAGGAGCGUCUACGCCAGGAGGAGAAAGAUCUGGACUUCCUGGUGCCGUUCCUGAACCGGCUGGACAGCCCAGAGAUUACCUCCAGGCAGCUCGCCCUGCAGCUGCGCAACGACUGCCUGGCUGCCCUGAAGCAGCAGAUCAUCGACAAGACCAACCUGAUCCAGGCCCGCUUCGAGAAGAAGACCCAGUGUCUGGAGGAGAAGCAGCUGUGGUACCAGAAGAACCGGCUGUCCAUGAACAAGCAGGAUGAGGAAGAGUACCUGUCCUUCUGCUCUAAGGCCAUGUUCGAGAUCCACACCCUGAAACUACGCCUCAGCAGGCAAAAGGAGGAUGCCCCACAGAAGUACCAGGCACUGGACCAGACACUGAGACAGGACCCGAGACUGGCCAAGUUUCUUUGAACACAUCCAAACCACGCAGGCCCAAAACCAGACACGCUGCAACCCCACAACUGAAACACCCCACCACACAGUGCACUUCCCAUCACCUGAUGCACCUUUGCUUUCCAUACGACUUUUGGAUGUCCCUCAUCAACUCACCUCCACAAACUGUGGACCUGUAACAGCCUUUAUUAAAAGUUUAUUUCCUA